AUGGGUCGACUCUACCAAGUGACGGUGGUCGGUUUUAAAGGAGAAAGAGUGACGGUGGACCUCUGCAACACGGAGGAGCAAAUGAGCAGCAUGACCGUGGAGCAACUCAAGACCAAAGUAGUGGCCAAACUCAAAAUAAACACGGAGCUGAGCCGGAUAAGCUUGAUCUUCGCGGACGAGCGUCUGGAUGAUGACUCUAAACUGUUGAAAGAUUACGGGGUUCAACACAUGUCCGUAGUCCAGCUCGUCCUGCAGGUGGACGGAGGAAGACAACUGUAG